CCCCCCAGUACUUCUCUCUCUCUCUCUCUCUCUCUCUCUCUCUCUCUCUCUAGGACUCUGUGUAUAUAUACAUGGCAUAUCUCUUGGCCAGCACCACAUGAAGUUGAGCAACACAUUCAUCAGCCAUACCAAGAUUUGUGAUCAGUGAGUAACUGAGCGAGAUCAGAUGGCAAUUAUUCAUGCUAACAUGAAUAUUAGAAGAAGCUUGGGCAUGGCAAUAUUGGUUAUGGUUGCCACAACCCUAAUGCAUGGUAACCAUAUUCAGGUGUCAGCACAAUGCGGAGCAAAUAUUCCAGUCCUUGUAGCUGAAUGCUCUGAUUUUGUUGGGAAAAGUGGGCCAAAAGUUCCACCAUCGCAGGAUUGUUGCGCAGCGCUGAGUGGAGUUGAUAUUCCAUGCAUGUGUAAACGUUAUGCUCAGCAAAUCGAAAACAUUGUCAGCAUGGAGAAGCUGGUCUUUGUUUUUCAAACUUGUGGAUUAACAGUUCCGCAUGGCCUGCAAUGUGGAAGCUCUACAGUUCCCUAGGCGUGAUUGCAUGAGCUUGAAGUCGGGGGAAUAUGGAUGGCUACAGGCUAGCUGCUACAUGCCGUAUCUUAAACUCUACAUUAUAAAAUUGUCUCAGAAUAAGCCUAAAAUUAGGCAUAUAUGAUCUAAUUUUCCAUUGUAAUAAUUGGGAUGUGCUUCGAUCUUUUCCAGCUUUCUAAUAUAUAAAAUUAAAUCUCAAAAUUUUCAUUAAAAAACAAUGAGAAAAGUAGUUUGGAAA